AUGGCGGCUUUACAGGCCCAGAGACCCCCUUCGAGCGGCGGCGGCAGCAGCGGCAGCCGCUUCAAGAGACUCGCGGCCCAGACAUGGACCCUCAUGUGCAAGAACUGGAGGAGCUUGCUGCUGCGGCACCUGCUCCUCAUUGUCAUCAUGGCCCUUUUGCUGCCCAUCCUGCUGUCCGCCUUCUUCAGCUUCGCAAAGAACCUCUUCGUCCCGCCCGCCACCUAUGGUAUCGGGAGCUUGCAUCCCAUUCUGACCCUGCCUCAGGCCUUUGAUGCCGCCACUUACAGCGGACGACACAAGAUCGUCCUCGUCAGCAACGGCCACCCUGUCGGCGGCAACAUAUCGCGCGUUCUCGACGACAUUGCCCGCCAGACGGCCGACUACGGCGACCCCAUGCGCGCCGUCCGCGUCAACGCCGAAGAUUCACUCGUCUCCGAAUGCCGCAGCACCCUGCGCGGCGUCACCUCGUGCUUCGCCGCCGUUGUCAUGCGCUCCUCGCCCACCGAGGGCCCCGGCAAUAUCUGGAACUACACCAUUCGCACCGACGCCUCGCUCGCCCAGAGCCCUCUCACGAUCAACAUUGAGAGCCACACCAACCCCGAGCAGGUCUACCUCAUGCCCCUGCAGCGUGCCAUCGACGCCGCCAUUGCCCGCCUCGAGGGCCGCGACGCGGCCCCCCUCGCCCGCACAAACGAGCUACCCUUUACCAGCCAGACUCAGGAGGAGCGCGAUCGCAAGGUCCGCGAGGUCUACCACUCGGCCAUUGUCAACUUCAUGGGCGUCGCAUUCAUCUCCACCGUCAUCUGGAUCACCUAUCAUCUUACCGGCCUCAUCGCCACCGAGCGCGAGAGCGGCAUGUCCCAGCUCAUCGACGCCAUGAUGCCCCUCGCUCACCCCUGGGAGGCCCAGGCCGCCCGCAUCCUCGCCCACCAUCUAUCCUUCUCCGCCAUCUACGCCCCGGCUUGGGUCCUCGGCUCCCUCAUCAUUCGCUUCGGCGUCUUUGUAAAUACCAACGUCGCCAUCGUCAUCUUUCACCACCUCUUCGCUGGCCUGUCCCUGGCCUCCUUCUCCAUUCUCUUUGCCGCCUUCUUCAACAAGGCCCAGCUCAGUAGCAUCACCACCAUUCUCGCCACCCUGCUGCUCGCCAUCCUGGCCCAGUCCAUCACCGCCCCUGACACUGCCACCGUGGCCGUCCUGUCCGUCUUGUUCUCGCCAUGCAACUACGUCUACUUCAUCACGCUCCUCGCCCGCUUCGAGAAACAGGACCGGGCCGCCAACCUCACCGAAAUGCCUCCGGACAGCCCCUGGGAGAUCCCUGGCAUCGUCUUCUGGGUGCUCAUGGUCGCGCAGAUUUUCAUCUAUCCCCUGCUGGCCGCAUUCGUUGAACGCUGGCGCUACGGAACUUCGACCAAGGGCCGGCAUAUGCAAAUGAACGAGGGCAGGGCCCGCUCUAGUCUGGCCGAGAACGCCGUCGAGCUUGACCGACUGACCAAGACUUACUACCCCAGCUUACUCUCCCGCCUAGGGUCCAUGCUCAAGAGAUCCGACGAGGGCGCCGAGCCCGUUGUGGCUGUCAAGGAGUUGAGUCUCAACGCCCCCAGGGGGCAGAUCGUCACCCUGCUCGGCGCCAAUGGCAGUGGCAAGAGCACGACUUUGGACGCGAUUGCUGGCUUGCAUAAAAUAACCAGUGGAUCGAUCACGAUUGAUGGAACCGGCGGCCUGGGAAUCGCGCCGCAAAAAAACGUUCUCUGGGAUGAUCUGACCGUGGAGGAGCACCUCGUCGUCUUUAACCGCCUAAAAUCGCCCGAGAGCCCGGCUUCAAAGGAGGAAAUUGCCGAGCUCAUCAAAUCUAUAGAUCUACAUCCAAAACGAAAAUCUCUCGCAAAGACCUUGUCCGGUGGCCAGAGGCGCAAGCUACAACUGGGCAUGAUGUUGACUGGCGGGAGUGCCGUGUGCUGUGUCGACGAGGUCAGCAGCGGCCUUGACCCGCUGUCUCGCCGCAAGAUCUGGGAUAUCCUCCUGGCCGAGCGCGGCAGGAGAACCCUGAUUCUGACGACGCACUUCCUCGACGAGGCUGACCUGCUCGCUGACCAUAUUGCCAUCCUGUCCAAAGGCACGCUUCGCGCCGCCGGCUCCUCCGUCGAGCUCAAAGACAGGCUGGGCGGAGGAUAUAGGGUCCGCGUUCACAAGAACCCUAGCAUAACGGAUACGCCGGACAUUGAGGGAGUGCAGAAGAAGGAAGCAUUCGACUUGACUACAUACGUCUCUCCGACGUCGAGCCUAGCAGCCGAGGUCGUCAAGAGGCUCGAUGCUGCCGGCAUCACCGAUUAUCGCUUCUCCGGCCCGACUAUCGAGGACGUCUUCCUGCGCCUGGCCGAGGAGAUCAAGGACGAGCAGGUGCUGCAGGGCGCCGAUAAUGGCGCGUUGAUGCCGGAAAAGGACCGCGGCGAUAGGGAUGAUUCGUCUCAGAGCAGCGGCGAGCAACAGAAUCUGAAACUCAUGGACGGCACCAGGAUAGGCUACGUCAAACAAGCGGCCAUCCUGAUGCGGAAGCGCAUCACCAUCUUCAAGCGAAACUGGAUUCUGUAUGUGGUUGCCUUCUGCCUGCCCAUCUUCGCCGCCGCCCUUACCUCGCUCUACGUGCGGAACAAGGACCCCAUGGGAUGCUCGGCGGCGCAGCAGUUGUCGUCGUCGGCCACGCAGGACGCCUUCAGCCAGAUCAGUGGCAAUGACAGCGUCAUGUUUCUCGCCGGUCCGCGGUCGCGCUUCGAUCCCUCUUCCGCGACCCGUCUCCUCGCGCCCAUAUUUGCCGGCUCGAGCAGCGGGGCUGCCAGCCGCAAUGCAACCAUGAACAACAUCCGCGUCGUCGAUACCUUUGACGACUUCAAGCGCUUCAUCACGGACAACCGCAAGAACCUCACCACGGGCCUCUGGCUGGGAGACAGCCAGAGUCCGCCGACGGUGGGCUGGGUGGCCAACCUAUUCAUCACCAGCUCCCUAACGGCCCAGCAGUUCCUUGACGUGCUAAUGAUCAAUACCACCAUUGCCACAACGUGGUCGCCCUUUGACGUGCCCUUCAACCCCGGCAUCGGCGAUGCCCUCAAUCUCGUCGUGUACAUGGGCAUUGCACUCGCCUGCUAUCCCGCCUUCUUCGGCCUCUACCCGAGCAACGAGCGCAGGCGGUUCGUCCGUGCGCUGCAGUAUUCCAACGGCGUCAGGCCUCUGCCUCUGUGGGCCGCGUAUCUCGUGUUCGACUUCACCAUUGCCCUCGCCGCCACUGCCAUCGCCGUCGGUCUGUGGGCUGCCCUGUCCAAUAUAUGGUACCACCUCGAGUACGUCUUCGUCGUAUUCUUUCUGUACGGGCUCGCUUCGACGAUCCUCGCCUACUUCGUCUCCCUCUUCACUAAGACCCAGUUAUCGUCCUUUGCCUGGGCCGCGGCCUACCAGGGGAUAUUGUUCCUGGCAUACCUUAUCGCUUACGUCUGCAUCAUCACCUACGUCAACGCCAACAAGAUCGACUCGACGAUUCUCAUCUGCCACUUCAUCAUUUCCCUGUUCGCGCCCAUAGGGUCGGCCAUGAGGGCCUUGUUUAUCUCGACGAACCUCUUUUCGGCGGCCUGCGACGGACAGCAAAUCUCAGCCAGACCCGGCAGCUUCGUCAUGUACGGCGGGCCCAUUACCUAUCUCGUCAUCCAAUGCUUUGUCUUGUUUGGGCUGCUCAUCUGGUUUGACAGCGGCUCCGUCGGCUCCUCGAUCCGGGAACUUCUCCACAGGCGAAAGGGCAUGCCCACAGGAGAUGGGGAGGAGCAGGACGAGGAAAUGGCCCAGGAGGUGACACGCGUCGCCAGUGGAGAUGCCACCGAGGAUGGGUUGCGCGUGAUGCAUCUGACCAAGUCCUUUGGCAGGAACACUGCUGUCGACAACGUCACUUUCGGCAUCAAGCGCGGCGAGGUCUUUGCGCUCCUGGGCCCCAAUGGCGCAGGCAAAUCGACAACAAUCUCCCUCAUCCGCGGCGACAUUAAGCCAAGUGGCCGCAACGGCGGUGACGUCUUGGUCGAGGACAAGUCGGUGACCAAGGACCUGGCGGCGGCGAGGACGCACCUGGGCGUGUGCCCGCAGAUCGAUGCUUUAGACCAGAUGACUGUGCGCGAGCACCUCGAGUUCUACGCCCGCGUACGAGGCAUCCCCGACGUCCAGCACAACGUCUCCGCCGUGUUGCGGGCCGUCGGUCUCGAGGCCUUUGAGACGCGCAUGGGCCACGCCCUGUCGGGCGGCAACAAGCGCAAGCUCAGCCUGGGCAUCGCCCUGAUGGGCAACCCGACGGUCGUGCUGCUCGACGAGCCGUCGUCGGGUCUUGAUGCCGCCUCCAAGCGCAUCAUGUGGCGGACGCUCGCGGGCGCCGUUGCUGGGCGCUCUAUACUCCUGACCACGCAUAGCAUGGAGGAGGCGGACGCGCUGGCCGGGCGCGCCGGCAUUCUCGCGCGGCGGAUGCUCGCCCUCGGGACCCCGGACGACCUCCGGCACCGCUUCGGCGACGCCUUGCAUGUGCACCUGGUCGCCAGCACGGCCCCGCGCACCUCGGACGAGGACAUGGAGCGCAUCUCGUCCUGGGUCCGGGCCACCUUUCCCUCGGCCACGGUCGACGCCAAGACGUACCACGGGCAGAUGCGCUUCUCCGUCGAAGCCAAUGACAUUGUUGCCGCCGUCUCGUCGCAGAGAUACUCCGAGCCGGCCCGCGGCGACGCCAAGGAGUUGAGCGUGGAUCGCGAACCCCCUGCCAGCAACAGCCUCGACAUCCAAGCCGCCGACACGCCCGCCGCCCCUGCCAUCAGCACUCAGGGCCGCAGCGGUGCCAUCGGCCAGCUCGUCGUGCUGCUCGAGGAGCACAAGGCCCGCCUGGGCGUCGAGCACUACAGCGUCAGCCCGACAACGCUGGACCAGGUCUUCCUCACUAUUGUCGGGCGGCACAACGUGCGCGAGGAGAACUACGAGGAGCCGAAGAAGCGCGGCAUCUGGUCCCGCAUCUGGAACUUUGGGCGCUCCUAG